UCCGUAAAACUUAAUCAAUUAUAAAAGCAUAUUUCACUGUAUAUAAUGAACGUAAUACUCCAAUAUGCGCGGCCACGCUUUCCUCUCCUCACCUGGCAGCAGUGAGAUCUUGGACGGUGUCUCGAGAAAUCUCUAUUAACUUAACCAACUUUUCAAUUUCGAAAUUUUAAAUAUUCGAACCAUUGGAUUAUCCGAAUCGGUUUGGUACAAUCCAGUUUGGUAAGUUUUCUUGGUAAGUUUUUCAACCCAGUUUGCCGUAUCGCGUUUUAUUUUGUAUUUAGGGACUGCAAUGUUUGCUGUUGUCCACUUCACGUCAUCAGACGACGAUUCAGUGCAACUCGUUCCGUCAUCAUGGUUGGAUAAGACCAGAACUCAGUGUCGGUGGCCAUCGGGACCGAAAGCAAAUCAAAUUGCUGCAUCCCUUAUCAAAUCCUGCUCACUACCACAAGACAAUUGGCCUUAUCUGCCUUGUUCGUUCAAGAAAUCUUUUUUUGAUUAUCAAACUGGGAGACGGACUGAAAAGAAAAUAGCAGAAGAUUCAAAUCUCUCUUCUUCCGAUCCUGACGUUGGGGCUGGCAGGUUAAGGAAAAGAUCCAGAAUUGGACUUGACAACGUUAGCGCCUUUCCCUUUGAAGACUACUUACAAUUCCUAAAGUCGCUAGUUAGAAGUAAAACGUUAAUGCUGGAACAAGUAGUGAAGCGUGUUACAGAGCAUGACAAUUACAAUUUUAUAAGAGACAGGAAAAUAAUAAAGGGUGGAGCAGUUGGAAUUAAAAACGGGUUCGCUAGAAAGUAUAACUUAUCAAAAUUUUCUGUAGAUUUAAGAAAGGGAGACAAUUGUUUUGUGUUAAGUAAUGAUCGAAUUGUACUUGUUGACAAAAUUAAAGUUUGUAGUGAUCAUCGUGUUACUGUCGUUGUAAAAGUUUUAUGUCGCACGGAUAUUAGCCGGUAUCCAACACGAAGUAGCAAGUUGAAUAUCUUUAAAUGUGGGGCAAGCGUGUCUGAUAGGAUUGAGUUCAAUAUUUUAGAUUUGAGACAAAAAUGUGUAAUGUUACUGUUUAGAAAUGAUAUUAAUUCUUUCUUGUGCAUUCCUAUGUUAGAAAAUUAUGAAAAUUAA